UGAUUUGUGAAAAACUAAAUUCUACGCGGACGAAGUCGCGGGCGUCCGCUAGUACGUAUAUAUUUUUAAUUUAAAAAAAAAUGUUAACGUUAAUAAGUCGGUAAUUUAUGGAGGUAAUUAUGCAACAAACGAGUUGAAUUAAUCUGCUGAGGAAACUUGUUUUCUUGUUGAAACGCAAGGUCAAAAGAUCUUAUUAUAAAAAUUACCAAACCGCUAAAAAAAGUUUUAAGGCAAGCAUGACUUGCUUUUUUGACCUAAUGUUCACAUGACAUCAAGAUACGUUAACGUUAUAUUUUGUAUAUGAUUAUUGUAGCAAUUCACAGUCAUUGCUAUGGCUCAAUAAUCAUAAUACGUUCAAAGUACCUACCUACUCGUACUGUACUCAGCGAUUAGAUUAUUAUCAUCCACACAUACAGUGUCAGAUACGCGAGUCGACCGCACGCGUUUGUUUCUCACAAUAUCAAACUACCAAGUUGUUUUAAUUUAAACAAAAAUGGUGCCUGUAACAUUAGCUGAACCGGCGGUGAGAUCCUACAUCGUAUAUUCCGGUAUUUUGGCCCUCAAAGUACUGGGCAUGGCAGUGUUGACUGGAAGAGUACGGUUCAGGAAAAAAGUGUUCGCAAACCCGGAAGACACUAAAUCUACUAAAGGCAUUGUGAAAUACGACGAUCCGGACGUCGAGAGAGUUCGACGCGCCCACUUAAACGAUUUGGAGAAUAUACCGGCGUUUUGGUUGCUUGGUGCUUUGUAUCUGACUACGGAACCCUCUGCCGAGUUGGCAACUCUCCUGUUCAGGGUGUUUGCUGCUGGAAGAAUAUUGCAUACGAUUGUGUACGCUGUCAAACCACUGCCUCAGCCGGCGCGAGCUAUAGCGUACGGAAUCCCUUAUCUGAUCAAUUGGUUCAUGGGCGUCCGAAUUGUGUCUCAUUAUAUAACCGCUCUAUAAACUGGAUACUCAGAACUGCGGUCUUACAUCGUAUACUCCAGUAUUUUGGCUCUAAAAUUGCUCGGCAUGUCAGUGUUAACAGGAUUAGUCAGACAUACAAAGAAAGUGUUCGCAAACGAAGAGGACGCCAAAGCAACUAAAGGCGUUGUUAAAUACGACGAUCCAGACGUGGAGCGAGUUCGACGAGCUCAUCUAAACGAUUUGGAAAACAUCCCGGCGUUUUGGUUGCUCGGUGGCUUGUACCUGACCACAGGGCCUUCUGCGGCGUUGGCUACUCUUCUGUUCAGGACGUAUACCGCUGGUCGGAUAAUACACACAGUCGUGUACGCUGUCAAGCCUCUCCCACAGCCAACGCGCGCCAUUGCAUACGGAAUCCCAUACCUGAUCAAUUGGUUCAUGGGAUUAUCUAUCGUUUUUCAUUACUUAGGAGCAUUGUAAUUUUUACAAAGUAAUAUAAGUGUUACAAACAGUAUAUCACAACUACAGUUUUGAUAUUUAUUUUAAUUUGUUUUACCAUGCGCAUGUAUCGAAAUUGUAAUAGAUUUGUAUCUGUAAUAUACCUAUGUAAAAAUCUAGCAAUAUAACUAAAAAAAAAUUAUUUUUAAA